ACGUCGGGAAAGGCGUGCUGGUUCUGCCUCACAGCCCGGCGGAACUGGCGCUGAGCAGACGCGCGUCUCUUCCCCCAUUGCCUAGUCUGGGUAAAGAACUGGACAUGUUUGCCCCUUACCGGCCACCGUAUAGGCCUUUCUGCACUUGGACUCCACUGGAGUGAGACUGCGCGGCCAUUUAACUGACGGGUUGGGGUUUGUGUGUGGGAGUGAUGGCUGUCUUUUGUUUUUUUGGCUUUUUUAACCUCAAACACGCUCCAGGUGUUAGCCAAGCCACGCCCUCCCCCUGUCCUUGAAAGGCCGGGAACGAGGUGGCCCCGUGGUGUUCACGUGACACCGUGGUCACGUGACACCGGCGUCCAGCGUCUUCUCGCUAGGCAACCGUCCUAGAGCCUGAACCCGCUGCUGCAACAUGAACAAGAUCUACCAACUGGCGGUGCCCAAGGGGCGCCGGAUCUGCUGUGAAGUGUGCGAAGCUCCAGCCGAGCGGGUGUGUGCGGCCUGCACAGUCACUUAUUACUGUGAUGUGGCUCAUCAGCAAGCUGACUGGAACAGCAUUCAUGAGAAGAUCUGUCAGCUGCUGAUUCCGCUGCGCACCACCAUGCCCUUCUACAAUUCAGAGGAGGAGCGGCAGCAUGGCCUCCAGCAGCUGCAGCAGAGACAGAAGCACUUGAUUGAAUUCUGCUACACCGUAGCCCAGAAAUAUAUCUUUGAAGGAAGGUAUAAAGAUGCUGUCCCAGCAGCUUUGCAUUCUCUUCGCUUCCGCAUGAAUGUGUAUGGCCUGAGUUCAGUAGAGCUUGUGCCUGCCUACCUGCUGUUGGCCGAGGCUAGCAUUGGUCUAGACCAGAUCGUCCAGGCUGAAGAAUAUCUAUCCCAAGCCCAGUGGGCAGUCCUCAAAUCAACUGAUUGUAGUUAUGCCACCCACUCUUUACUGCAUCGGAACCUGGGACUUCUCUUUAUGGUUAAGGAAAACUACGAGGAAGCCCGUUAUCAUCUGGCCAAUGAUAUUUAUUUUGCCAGUUGUGCAUAUGGCACAGAGGACAUCAGGACCUCAGGAGGCUACUUUCACCUGGCUAAUAUCUUCUUUGACCUUAUGAAGUUUGACCUGGCAGACACGCUGUACACCAAGGUCUGUGAGAUCUGGGAUAAAUAUUUGAACAAUCACUAUCAAGUCCUCUCAGAGGCUCGCGUCCAACAAAUAGAUUUACUGGGCAAACGAUUUGAGACUGACACUGGCUUGGAUGAAGCCCAGGAAGCAGAAGCCAUUCGGAUCCUGACUUCAAUCUUAAACAUUCGAGAGUCUACAUGUAGCGGAGCUCCCCAAAAAAUUGUCUUCGUUCUGAGAAUCCUGGUCAUGCUUUACUACCUGAUGAUGAAUUCUUCAAAGGCACAAGAAUAUGCCACCAGAGUCUCUAACAUAGCUCAAGAAAAACAGCUCAGUGCCCAAGAACAAAACCUCAUUGAACAAUUACUGCACAUCAUCAACACUGAAGUAAUUUUGCCCGAUCCUUAGUGACCCAUGGGUUCCACGUCAGGGCCUAUUCAAGCGACUAUUGAGCAUCUAACAUAUUCCAGCCUUGUGCAACUGCUUUGAGGUACUAUGAAUUGCUGAAGUUCCCACCCUCUUGCCCUGUGACUUCACAUAUAGUGUGUUUUUAUUCUUUCUUGCACAGCAUAUGUAAGGGAAUAUAGAGCUUUGGGCAUAGAAAUCAGUAAAACUUGUUUAUCA